GUGGCUCAAAUGAAGAGCAAAGACAACAGAAUUAAGCUGAUGAAUGAAAUUCUCAAUGGGAUUAAAGUUCUGAAACUUUAUGCUUGGGAAUUAGCCUUCAGAGAGAAGGUAUUAAAGAUCAGACGGAAAGAACUCAAAGUCCUAAAAAAAUCUGCUUACCUUGCUGCAAUGGCAACUUUCACUUGGGUUUGUGCUCCUUUUCUGGUUGCCUUGUCCACCUUUGCUGUGUUUGUCAAAAUAUACAAGCACAACAUCUUGGAUGCUGAGAAGGCGUUUGUUUCCCUAGCAUUAUUCAACAUCCUCAGGUUUCCAUUGAACAUGCUUCCUAUGGUUAUCAGCAACAUAGUAGAAGCCAGUGUCUCCUUGAAGCGCCUUAGGGUGUUCCUGUCUCAUGAAGAGUUAGAUCCACACAGCAUCAUCAGAGGUCCCAUUACAGACGCUGAAGGAUGCAUUGUUGUAAAGAAUGCAACGUUUAGCUGGUCUAAAAAUGAUCCUCCUUCACUGAACAGCAUUAACUUCACUGUUCCUGAAGGCUCCUUGGUAGCUAUUGUUGGUCAAGUUGGCUGUGGGAAGUCUUCAUUGCUGUCUGCAUUACUGGGGGAGAUGGACAAAAAGGAAGGCUACGUGGUUGUCAAGGGCUCAGUAGCCUACGUUCCUCAGCAAGCCUGGGUCCAAAAUGCAACUCUGGAAGAUAACAUUAUCUUUGGAAGGGAGAUGAAUGAGAGCCGGUACAAGCGUGUGAUUGAGGCUUGUGCACUGCUGCCUGAUAUAGAGAUUCUUCCUACAGGAGACAAAACAGAAAUAGGAGAAAAGGGUGUGAAUUUGUCUGGAGGACAGAAACAACGAGUCAGUCUUGCUCGGGCGGUUUACUGUAAUGCAGAUGUCUAUCUGUUUGACGAUCCUUUAUCAGCUGUUGACGCUCAUGUUGGGAAACAUAUUUUUGAAAAAGUUAUUGGACCAAAAGGAAUUCUGAAAAACAAAACACGGGUUUUGGUAACUCAUGCAGUCAACUAUCUGCCUCAAAUGGAUACAAUUCUGGUGAUGUCUGAUGGAGAAAUCUCUGAGAUGGGCUCCUACCAGGAGCUGCUGAAGCAAGAUGGGGCUUUUGCUGAGUUUCUUCGUACAUAUGCUAAUACUGAACAAAGCGCAGAGAACAGCAACUCAGAUCCUUCAUUAGAAGGAAUGAUUCACCCUCUGGAAACAGAUACAAGUAGUCCAUCUGGAACGGAAGGAAAGCCUAUAGAAAAUGGAGUCCUUGUGAAUGAAGCCACUGGAAAGUUGAUGCAUAGGCAACUCAGUAACUCUUCAACAUACAGCAGAGACACCGGGAAGUCACAGCACCAGAGCAGCACAGCUGAGCUGCAGAAGCCACUUGCUGAAAAGAAUUCCUGGAAACUGACAGAAGCCGACACAGCAAAGACCGGCAGGGUAAAGGCAACGGUUUACUGGGACUACAUGAAAGCAAUCGGACUCUUUAUCUCUUUCUUGAGCAUUUUCUUCUUUGUAUGUACUCAUGUAGCCUCCCUGGCUUCCAACUACUGGCUAAGUUUAUGGACAGAUGAUCCUGUUAUCAAUGGGACACAGCAAUACACAGAUAUGAGACUGGGAGUGUAUGGAGCGCUGGGAUGUUCUCAAGGUGUUGCUGUGUUUGGCUACUCGAUGGCUGUGUCAAUAGGGGGAAUAAUUGCUUCACGACACCUGCACCUUAACCUGCUGCACAAUGUCCUCAGGUCUCCAAUGAGUUUCUUUGAACGUACACCCAGUGGAAAUCUGGUGAACCGUUUCUCUAAGGAGAUAGAUAUCAUUGACUCCACCAUUCCACCAAUCAUUAAGAUGUUCAUGGGCUCGACAUUUAACGUGAUUGGGGCUUGUAUCAUCAUCCUGCUGGCUACACCCAUAGCUGCUGCAGUUAUUCCACCUCUGGGAAUUGUCUACUUGUUUGUGCAGAGAUUUUACGUGGCCACUUCUCGCCAGCUGAAACGCCUUGAGUCUGUCAGUCGUUCUCCUGUAUAUUCUCACUUCAAUGAGACUCUCCUGGGAGUCAGUGUCAUUCGAGCCUUUGAGGAGCAGGAACGUUUCAUAAAGCAGAAUGACAUGAAAGUGGAUGAAAAUCAGAAGGCUUAUUAUGCAGGCAUUGUUGCAAACAGGUGGCUGGCUGUCCGUCUCGAAUAUGUGGGCAACUGUAUUGUCCUCUUUGCAGCACUGUUUGCGGUGAUUGCACGCAACAAACUCAGUGCAGGACUGGUUGGCCUUUCAGUGUCCUACUCACUGCAGAUUACAGCAUACUUGAACUGGCUAGUUCGCAUGUCGUCUGAGCUGGAAACCAACUUUGUCGCUGUUGAAAGAGUCAGAGAAUACGCUGAAAUGGAGAAGGAGGCCGAAUGGAGUAUUGAACAAACCGCCCCAGCAAGUACCUGGCCUGAGGAAGGGAAGGUUGAGUUUCGAGGCUAUGGUUUACGUUACCAGGAAGAUUUGGAUUUGGUUCUGAAAAACAUAAAUGUUACCAUAAAUGGGGGUGAGAAGAUUGGAAUAGUUGGAAGAACAGGAGCUGGAAAGUCCUCGCUUACUUUAGGUUUGUUUCGAAUUAAUGAAGCAGCUGAGGGAGAAAUUAUUAUUGAUGGAAUUAAUAUUGCGAAGAUCGGGCUCCAUGACUUGCGCUUCAAGAUCACCAUCAUCCCUCAGGAUCCCAUACUGUUUUCUGGCUCUCUGCGUAUGAAUCUUGAUCCUUUUGACCAACACUCCGAUGAAGACAUUUGGAGGUCUUUGGAAUUGGCUCACCUGAAAAACUUUGUGUCGUCCCUUCCUGAUAAACUUAAUCAUGAAUGUGCUGAAGGUGGAGAGAACCUCAGUGUGGGACAGCGCCAGCUGGUGUGCCUGGCACGAGCUCUGCUCAGGAAGUCCAAAAUCCUGGUUCUAGAUGAAGCCACAGCUGCUGUUGAUCUUGAAACAGAUAAGCUUAUACAGUCAACAAUAAGGUCUCAAUUUGAAGAAUGUACUGUAUUAACUAUAGCACAUCGUCUGAACACAAUCAUGGACUACACAAGAGUUUUAGUCCUGGACAGAGGAGAAGUGGUGGAGUGUGGUAGCCCAGACCACCUACUUCAGGAAAAAGGCAUUUUCUACAGCAUGGCCAAAGAUUCGGGCUUGGUGUAGCAUUUGAACUUGGCUAGUUCCUGUGGGGAAGAGGGAGUUGAUAAACGGGGAGAACUGUAACUUCCCCUGAGCUGGUGUGACGCAUACAGUUCAGUUUCUGGCAUAAUGAAGUCAGCCAGAGUAUGGUGAAUGGAAAUAACAUAAAAAUGCAAUUUAUUCUUUUUCUUUUAGUCUCCUUAGUAUUAAUUUUAGCC